CAGAAAACAUAUCAACUACAGACUGUAGACACCAGGUCCAUCAGUACAAAACGAUGCAGACGAUACUUUUGUACGUGUUUUUGGCGGGAAUUCUGUUCACCGGAGCCAAGAGUCUUUCCUUGUUAGAAGCACACAACAAGUAUCGAAAGAUAGAGGGCGUUCCGUUAAUGAGAUAUGACGAGACGAUCGCACAGAAUGCUGCCAAAUACGCAAGUAAAUGUAUAUUUGGUCAUAGCGCCUAUUCAGAGAGACAAAACAUUGCAAGUUACAGUUCAGUUGGAGAAAAUUUAUUUCUGGGCACAGGUAAUCCUAAUUUAGAAGACGUCGUGAGCAACUGGUACAAAGAGAAGAGCGAUUAUAACAGAUCUAACCUGUCCUGUACACCUGGAAAACAAUGUGGCCAUUACACACAGGUGAUAUGGUCUAAGUCCACGGCACUAGGAUGUGGUACUCAGAGGUGUGCAUCGAUAGAAGCUGGAGGGAUAAUCUUCGAGAAUGCAUUAUACGUUGUGUGUCAGUACGGACCUGCUGGAAAUUACGCUGGUCAAAGCCCAUUUCAGAGUAUAAGCCGUAGGAGAGGACCCAGUGCGGCGGCGGCAUUGAUCCGUAAGAUUGCUGACCAGCUGCAAAGUGAAACAGAGAAAAGUAACGGAAUAGGUGAAGCGGAAGACCACGACGAAAAUGUUGUUGAGUUAACAGACGAGCCAUUAUCACCGCCAAAACAAAUCCCUUCUCUUGAUUCCACCAUGGUCCUGUAAUGAACUGUCAGACGCGGUCUGCCCGAGUGUUUCCUGCCGAUAAACAGCUUGUUCCUAUCAACCUCAUUUUACCUCUCUUUGCUCUGCUUGUCUUCAAAUAAUAAUAAAUACAGCAAAUUAAAAUUA